AGGAAUUCUUGAUGUGGUAUCUUAGAAGGAAGCAGUCUACAUUGAUGUCAGCUACUUCUCUUGCUUGUCGAUUUGAUUUGGAGGUCUCCAGCAUCUGUCAGGACCAGAAGCCAGGUGGAGUCUUCUUCGGCUGUGAGGAUUCAGUGGCCAUUGAGGAUGUGGCUGUGAACUUCACCCCAGAGGAGUGGGCCUUACUGGAUCCUUCACAGAAGAAACUCUACAGAGAUGUGAUGUGCGAAACCUUCAGGAACCUGGCCUCAAUAGGAAAAAUAUGGGAAGAUCAUGAUAUUGAAGAUCAGUAUGAAAGCCAGGAGAGAAAACAGAGUGGUCAUAUAGCAAGGAGACUCUGUGAAAGUUUAGAGGGUAGUCAACGUGGAGAUAAAUUCAGCCUUACUCCAAAUCUCAAUCUGAACAACAAAACUCCAGGAGCUAAACCAUGUGAAAGCAGCUCAUGUGGAAACGUCUUUCACCGUUUGUCUCUUAAAACACACAUUCAAUGUCACACUGAACACAAGCUAUAUGACAGUCAGAAAUAUAGAGAGAAGUCAUGUAAAUGUAAGGAAUGUAGGAAAGCCUUCACUUUCUCCAGUGGUCUUCAAAGACAUGAAAGAAUUCAUACUGGAACGAAACCCUAUGAAUGUAAAAAAUGCAGUAAAACAUUCAUUUUUCCCUGUUAUCUUCAAUUACACGAACUAUUUCAUCCUGGAGAGAAAUCCUAUGAAUGUAAAAAAUGCAAUAAAGCAUUCUCUUCUUCCCGUUCUCUUCGAAGACAUGAAAGAAUUCAUACUGGAGAGAAACCCUAUGAAUGUAAAAAUUGCAGUAAAGCAUUCACUUCUUCCUAUUCUCUUCGAAGACAUGAAAGAAUUCAUACUGGAGAGAAACCAUAUCAAUGUAAAAAAUGCAGUAAAGCAUUCACUUUUUCCUAUUCUCUUCGAGAUCAUGAGAGAAUUCAUACUGGAGAGAAACCCUAUGUAUGUAAAAAAUGCAGUAAAGCAUUCACUUAUUCCACUUAUCUUCGAGUACAUGAAAGAAUUCAUACUGGAGAGAAACCCUAUGAAUGUAAAAAAUGCAGUAAAGCAUUCACUUAUUCCAGUUGUCUUCGAGUACAUGAAAGAAUUCAUACUGGAGAGAAACCCUAUGAAUGUAUAAAAUGCAGUAAAGCAUUCACUUCUUGCCGUUCUCUUCGAGCUCAUGAAAGGACUCAUACUGGAGAGAAACCAUAUGUAUGUAAAAAAUGCAGUAAAGCAUUCACUUCUUCCAGUUCUCUUCGAGUACAUAAAAGAAUUCAUACUGGAGAGAAACCCUAUGAAUGUAAAAAAUGCAGUAAAGCAUUCACUUCUCUUGGAUCGCUUCGAGAACAUGAAGGAAGUCACAGCGGAGAGAAAGCCUAUGAAUGUCAGGAAAGUGGUUAAUCCUUUAUUUGUGAUACAAACUUUUGAGAAUAUGCAAGAAUGCACACUAGAGGAAAAACCAUGUAAAGGUAAAGAAUGUGGGAAUGCUUUUGUCAUCCCAGUUCUUUCUGAAGGCAUGAAAGGACUCACUUGAUAAACACCCUUUGACUGUAAACAGCAUGGGAAAGACUUCAUUGGCCUACAUCCUUCCAUGUGAAACUCCCAACCAGAAAGAAAUAGAAAUAAAAUGUAAGUAAUAUGGGAAACUUGAUGGACAUUAAUUUAUGUAUAAUGUUCUAGAAAACUUUCAACAUGAAAGAGUUGUUAUAAAAGUUGUAAAUAUAUUGUGUUUACCAAGCCACUUCAAGUGCAACAUUGCACUGUGGGUUUCUAUUAAUGACUUUCAGAAAUGAAUAUUGAGCUGAGAUAAUUCUGUGUCAUCCUUCAUCAAUACUACUUCAAGAUUAUUAGGUGGUGCUUUUUUCUUAAAUCAGUUAAUAAUAUUUUCUCUUGGGGCCGGCCCAGUGGUAUAGUGGUUAAGUUCACAUGUUCUGCUUCAGCGGCCUGGGGUUCACCAGUUCGGAUCCCUGGCGCAGGCCUACUCAUGGCUCAUCAAGCCAUGCUGAGGUGGCGUCACAUGUAGAAGAGGUACCGCUCUACAAAAUGAUACACAACUGUGUACCGGGAGUGGGGGAGAAAAAUGAAAAAAAAAGAGGAAUAUUGGCAACAGAUGUUAGCACAGGGCCCAUCUUCCUCAAAGUAAAAUAAUAUUUUCUCUGUGUUUUUUAAUAAUGUUUUAAUUGUUCUUUCUUAAAAGGCCAUUGAGAAAUGACAGUUGGUAGUUGUUGGAAUUUUCUUCCUCGCCAUGUACUGCAGUUCCCAGAUUUGCCUUAUCCACUGUGCAGUUUGUACCUCUCUUAGAGAAAGCUCCUUUUUGGGGGUGGUGGGUAUAGGAGCCUGUUUUUAUUUUCCACCCUAUAGAACAGUUGGAAUAAAGUUUUAUGAAUGGCAAGUUUGUCAAAAGAUAUACCUUCCUGUGAAUUUCUUUUCACAUUUGGGCCUUUGCUCUUUAUGCUUCCUUCUGACUGAUAUUUGGUGAACAGACUUUGAGUUAAGUAGAGGCCUGUGAUAGGGCAACAAAUUCUAUAAUACCUGUAUUGUGUUAUGUCAAUUUGGGUAAUAUUAAGAACUGGAUCUUUAAGAAUCCCCUCCCCUUUGUACUUCCAUGUUGGAAUUCACCAGUAGUGUCACUUGCAUGAGAUUAGGAAGGCAGAAGCAAACAAGGCAUUGAUCAGAUUUUGGAGCCACAGUACAAGGAGAGAGACUGUUACAUGGGAGCUUCAGGGACACCAUCCUCAAUCCCAUGUUCUGGAUUCUUUGCUCUUCUAGGCAAGAGUAUCUUGAAAAGCACCACCAACUGUUUGGGCUUCCGUUUUCUUAGAGUUGUAUUUUUUCAAUUAUAUUUUCACAAGUUUCACAUCAAAGACCCAUUAGAGUUAGGAUUUUUCUGUAAGGCCUCUUGUGUCCAUCAGGAAACUAAUUCAGACUUCUGUUGUUGGGGUAUUCGCUGAUUCUCCUCUUCUCUCGGUGACAGCUGUAUAAGGUCUAAUGUGUAUAGGAAACACCUUAUGCUGUUAAUAGUGCUAGUGAGCAUGUUUCCUGAUUCACCGUGACAUCUGCAGUGGGGCAUAAACAGAAGGACAUGGCAGUUUGUUUCUCUGCUGCAUUCUGCAGUGGCCACCUUGACCCAAUUCUUCCGUGUGAGAACAAUCCCCUUUCUCAUGUCAGGAAGAUUGUGUGUUUUCUGUUACUGGUAGCUGAGUGUAUUCCCUCAAUAGGUUUUCAAUAAUGUUUGAUUGUAUGUCAUUAAAACUAUGUGUGUUUCCUUGUGAAACGAACACUUCUGUAGUUGUUUCCUUGAUAUAUUUUAUCAACUGUUCUAAUCCAGCAUAUGCUAAUAAAUAUUAUUGUGGUUUUAUUUCCUCAGAAUAUAUUAAAAAUCAUUUUAAUUAUGGA